GGAACACAGUCGGCAAAAUGAAGUAAAGAUGAUACAGAGGAACUGCUGAUUUGCAAUCAGCUGGGACUUUUUAGAGGCUGUAUGAUAUUACACACUUUUCUGUGUGUAUUGUUUGCAACACUGUAAAUCAUAGAAGAGGAGCAAGUUGGAAGGGAUAAAAAAAAACAAAAACAACACCUUAACUCUGGAGACCUCUUUUGUGGUUGGAUGAAGUGAUUUUCCCAAACUACAUGUCUUCAAAUCUAAAUUUCAAGAUCAGAAUUUCCACCUGAGCAUCAUGGCCGACUCAAGCAACGUCUCAUCCUGUUAUGCCAACACCAGUACUCCAUAUAUAUAUGCCCCUGCUGUGGGUAAAGUUUAUUACUCAGCCACCUUCACCACUCUGGGCCUCAUCUCAAAUCUUAUCGCCUUUAUUGUCCUGAUCAAAUCCUGCAAGGAGACACGAAACCAAUCACGCUCUUUCUUUCUCAUCUUCCUGGGUGGUCUUGUGGUCACGGAUUUCAUGGGUCUGCUGGUCACUGGCUCUUUUGUGAUCUCAUUCUAUGUUACACAUGUUGAUUGGAGUAAGUCAGAUCCUACCUGCCACUUUUGUAACUUCAUGGGAAUGUCUAUGGUCUUCUAUGGAUUGUGCCCUUUGCUACUUGGUGCCACCAUGGCCAUUGAACGCUUUAUUGGAAUCAACCUCCCAUUUGUACGUUCGUCCCGAGUGUCAAAGAAAAGAACUGUCUCCAUGGUGCUAAUGGUGUGGUUUAUUGCUGGAAGCAUAUCGAUGCUGCCAAUCCUAGGCUUUGGUAGCUACCACAUUCAAACACCUGGCUCCUGGUGUUUCAUCAACAUCACCUCCAAGAGAGGUGACUGGACAUUUGCACUGCUCUUCUCUUUGGUUGGACUAAUCAGCAUUGCUACAUCCUUUUUCUUGAACACUGUGAGUGUGGUGACCCUGAUCAAGUUAUGCUGUGGAGCAGAGAGGAGACAGCGGCGCAGAGACCAUGAAGUGGAAAUGAUGGUGCAGCUCAUACUAAUCAUGACCAUUGCCACAGUAUGCUGGUGCCCCUUACUGGUCUUCAUUGUCACAACAGCCUUGGCCGGGACUGGAUAUACGGUGAAAUAUCUACUCCUCUGGAUCCGCUUCGCUACCUGGAACCAAAUCCUAGAUCCGUGGGUAUACAUCCUGUUUCGGCGGUCAGUUUUACAAAAAGUCAACCCUCGCAUUGAUUGGUCUCAGAGCUCGGUCAGGUCUUUGUAUCCAUCAUUUCGUGAAAACGUCCGUAGGUUCACCCGGUCUUCAGUGGGGAGCAACCUGGGCUCAGAUCUCCCCGAAAGUAAUGAAAAAUCCAAUUCUACGCCCUCAUCACCAACAUCGCCAUCCUCACCGACUCCAUUGUUGGUUGGAUCAGAGUCAUAAAUUCAACAGACUAAUAGAAGUGUCCAACUAACUGUAAUGGAAAAUGUAAUGAGGAAAACUAGCAUGGUUGCACCAGCAAUGUGAAAUUAAUUAAACUUCUUAUAGAACAGGUAAUAUUUCAAAUGUCUGAUAUUAUCACUUAAUCACCAUUAGAACCUAAUAUAAGGUUUAAGAACUAUUAUAUUUACAAAGAAAUAGAAAAUUUUACGAUUAUUCAAAAUUGUACUUCACUGGCACACAAGUAAAGCUAAGAAUGAGGUGUCCAAGCUGAGAGUUUUUGUUAUCUAAUGUACUUUUAUCCUACUCUAUAGCAGCUAACACAUUAUGUUAGAGAUAUGCCUCACUGUUAUAAUUAACAGGAAUAUAUACAUGUAUAGAUAUUGGAUGCUUAACUUCAAAAACAAUAAAAUGGUCUUUAUAAGCUUGUUUGAUAUUUAGAAUUUUGUUAAUUGUCAGCUGCCCAUCCAUCCAUCCAUCCAUC